UGCUAAGGAGGGGGUGGAGAGCUGCUGCCGAUAUAGAGACCACAUGGACACAGAUCAGCAAAAUAAGAUGUAUAAAACCAAAGAUCACGGAGUGAACCAAAGUAAUGUAAACCAAGAGGAUUUUUUAUUCUGUGAAGACUGCCAGGAAUAUUUUAUUGAUACCUGUCCUGUACAUGGGCCUCCAGUUUUUCUCCACGAUACUCCUGUUGAAAUGGGGACACCCUGCAGGGCUUUUUAUACAAUUCCAUAUGGACUUGCUGUUGGACCGUCACGGAAUCAAGAGGAUGGGCUUGGGAUCUGGUGUACAGUAAUGACCAUCCCAGUUGGAGUUUUAUUCGGUCCCUUUGAAGGUGAGCCCAAUGUGGGUGAAGAAUCUCCUACAAAACUGUUUGCACAGAUGAUUAAAGACCAGUCCAUGGGCUGUUUGAGUUCAAUUGCAGAAUCAAAUUUAAACUGGAUGAAGUUUGUAAAUCAUGCAAAAACACGAGAAGGGAAAAAUCUGGUCCUGUGUUGGUACCGUGGUAGAAUCUAUUAUCGUGUGUGCAGACCAAUUGAACCUGCACAGGAACUGCUAAUCUGGCACGAAGAGGGCCAUGUCCUCCCGUCAAAGACGCAUCGGCUACUGAAACAAAUGAAUGUCGUAGAUUCAUCUUCCCAAACGGGAACAGAUGCCUUCUCUGCAAAAGUGAAAAGGGAAAAUAAUCUCACACUUGAAAACGCAGAGGAAACUGAUAAGACUCUGAAAAAGUGGAACUCUAUACAAAGAAGAAAACCCCAGAUAAAAGGAGGGAAGGCAUUGGGGCCCAGUGAAAAGAUUCAAGCAGAAUUAUCAAAGAGCAACAAUUUCAAGAUUUUGGCCCAAAUGAAAGGUUUUUUUAUAAAAGAAACCAAUAGUAUCAAGGUCAAAAAAACAAGUCAAAACCUUCUACAGUACAACUGUGGAUCAGUCAUAAACACCACAACAAACUGUAAGCUUAAAAACAAUCCUGAUACUGCUGAACAGGACGGGGCAGCUGUGCAAGGACAUUUGAAAGUGUGCCAUAAGGAAAAGAACCGGUUAUCUUGUGAAUACUGUGGGAAACUUUUUACACUGAAGGCGCGUUUGACUAUGCACAUUCGCACACACACUGGGGAGAAACCGUUUGAAUGCGAUAUCUGUGGCAAGGGCUUUGCCCAAAAAACAAACCUCACAGAGCACAGACGCAUUCACACAGAGGAGCGGCCUUAUGUAUGCAGUGUGUGCAGCAAACGGUUCAACCGCAGUACGCAUCUCAAGAUUCAUUUCCGCUGUCACACGGGAGAGAGACCCUAUACCUGCCCUAAAUGUAACAAAGGAUUUAUGGACUCUUCUACACUUCGGAAACAUGUAAUGUAUCAUUUAGGAAAGAACAAAACAAAACCUGUACCUGUGGACCCUGAGCCCUAUGAAACUACACAGAAUUAUAAUAUUGAAGAUUAUAAAGCUUGCACCAAACUGUAUUUUCCAAAGACACACGUGAACGCAGAUUCACAGCGACGCUUUGGCAGUGAAGACAGCAUGUACACAAAUGAAGAUGUUAAGCAAGAAGCAUGCUGUAAAGCCCAGAUUGUCGAGAGAAGACCUGAUGGAAGGGAGGAGGAGGAAGAUAAAGAUUCCAGCAGUUUAUCAUGUAAGAAAACCCCAGAAGUUGAAUGUGCGAACAGUGAAAGUGAACAAAAUUCAGAAGAACCAUGGUCUGAGGAAUACGCAUUAAUAUCAGAAAGUGGAACGUACGUUGAUAAAGAAUGAGUGUUCGUAAAAUAAAAAACUGGUAGUCUGUAUUGGGAUUGCUUGGAAGUUAAUUGAUUGUAAAGUUUCCUUUCUAACAUGAUAUACCAGAGGUGGCCAAACCGCGGCUUUUGGGCUGUUCAAAUGCGGCUCCCGGUGAAAUGCUGAGUGAUGCACACGUUGCUCCUCGAUUUAACUGAAGAAAGAAUAGGGGAGACUGGGGCUAGUUGAGACCGUGUGAAAGCCAGAUGUGCAGUUGAAAGUAAAUUUCGUAAUUGUGAAUUAAGUGCUUGUUCAUUUCGUGAGGACGAUAGCAUUGAGUAAAUCUUCCACGAGUAAUAAACAAACUUAUGAGGCUUUAAAUCAGACUGGCAGAAAGAGUUUGCUUUCACCGGAAACAGUAAACCUGUGUCUCAUCUGCAACUCAUCGCUUACACACUGUAGAGUGUACAAGGCGAGCAACCUCAAACGUCAUUACGAAACAAAUCAUAACACAUUUUCAUCUGAAUAUCCUCCUGGAUCAGAUUUAAGGCUUAAGGUGUUCAGUAAAUAAGCUGAUUUAACGACUUUUGUGUGGCAUGGAAUAUCGUUCAUGCCAAAAGCCCUUAUUCAGAUUUAAUCUUUUUAUAAAAUUGGAGUGUUGGCACAAGACUAGAGAAUGCAUGUUUAAAUGUUAUAUUGCA